GCCUGUAAAACAAUACGGUGCGGUUGAAGAAUCGAAACACGUCAACCCAACGGCCGUACUUAGUGUCAACUCCUUCCUCCAGGUGUCCAGAUAGUCACGGUUACCAAGUAGCAGCUGAUGAAAUAUCCCCUUCUCCAUAUUUGAACGAGUGGCAAACUCAGCUGAGAGCAAGCACAUCAUCAUCCAGAACAACAUGGCUUCAGAACCGGCGGCACACGCUCGCCUCCCAGAGACAUCCCUCUGGGCGAACAGGAAAUGCCUCCUCAUAUGCGCCAUCGUGGCUGUAGCCAACAUGCAAUACGGCCUUGACUCUGCCUGUCUUGCCAGCCUGCAAGCCAUGCCCGGGUUCCUCCAGGUAUUUGGGUACCCUGACCCAAAUCUCGAAGGCGGAUACGGGAUUGACCGAACCUUCCAACAACUGAUCGGCUCGCUCCUCACCCUAGGCGCCUUCCUAUCUUCCAUCUUCGCGGGGCCAUUCGCGCAUUUCUUCGGCCGCAAGCCCGCUCUCUGGCUGGCUUGCUUGCUAACGGCGCUUGGCACAGCCAUUCAGAUUGGGACCACCGAUUGGGGGGUUGUCUAUCUCGGCCGGCUGGUCUUGGGUAUUGGCAAUGGCUUUCUAGUGACCUUCUCCAACAUCUACUGCGCCGAAGCGGCUCCGGCUCACCUCCGUGCUGUCAUGGUCGCUCUGUUUUCGGAGUGGGUUAAUAUUGGGAGUAUUGUUGGCGCUGUGGUUACGAAUGCUACGUCGAAGAUGAUGGAUAAGGCGUCGUACCAGAUUCCGUUGGGGAUUCAGUUCAUUGUGCCGGUGCUUUUGUCGGUGGGGCUGUUCUUUGUGCCUGAGUCGCCGAGGUAUUUGGUUAAUAAGGAGAAGAAUGGAGAGGGGCGGAAAGCGCUACAAACGUUGAGAGGGGACUCUCUGGGCCACGAGAGCUUUGAGCUUGAGUGGUUGGAGAUGGUUAAGGGGAUUGAGGAGGAAAAGAAGCUGGCGAGCUCGGUUGGACCGCUUGAGAUGUUCAGGGGUAGCAACUUGCGCCGGACACUGCUCUGCUUCGGCGUUAUAGCUACUCAAACUGGAAGCGGCUCCUGGUUCCUCAUCAGCUACACAACCUAUUUCAUGGCUGUAUCGGGCCUCACCAUUGACGAAGCCUUCAAAUACUCCAUCAUGAACACCUGCCUCGGAUUCGUCGGCGUCAACUUCGGCAUCUACCUGAUGCGCCACGUCUUUGGCCGACGUAGCAUCAUGAUGAUCGGCUCCCUGACUCAGGGGUUGUGCAUGCUGGCCAUGGCCAUUACCGCGACAACGUCAGCUGGAACAGAUCUCGCGCGGAACUUUCUCAUAGCCUUCACGUCCUUGUACAUGUUUGCAUACAAUGCAUUUGUUGGUGCAGCAAGUUACCCUGUGGCCACCGAGCUUGUUAGCACGAGGCUGAGGUCCUGGACGGUGGGUUCGGCCAUCAGUCUGGGGUACUUCUUGGCUUGGUUGACGGGGUUCUGCUCACCUUACUUCAUCAACCCUGAGAAUUUGGACUGGGGGGCCAAAUAUGCCUAUAUCUGGGCUGGCUCAAACUUCGUCUGCGGCGCCUUCUUCUUCUUUUGCUUGCCCGAGCUGAAGGGGCGGACUUUGGAGGAAAUUGACGAGCUCUUUGACCGGGGGAUACCUGCCUGGAAGUUCAAGAUUACACGGACCAACAUUAUGAACGAGGCACUUCUGGAGUUGCAGCGGCGUGAUGGCUUGGAGACGGGGGCGGAGCCCAAGCCCCUUGUGGAGGCUGUCGAGGUAGCUGGUGUCGAAUCAGGGAAGAUGUGAUAUUGUCAUGGAUAAGCGUCCUGGGCAUCCUUAAAGUUGCGAUGCUUGAUUCGAGCAUUACCCCUAGUCUAUUACUAGACUACUAGUAGAAUGCUAUACGCUAGAGCGAC